GUGAUUGCUGUCCCAGGGGAGGGAGUCAGAGCUAGAACACCAAUUACCAACCACAGGCUUCCUGCUGUAGGGAGCUGAUCCAGAAUUGUCGUUCUGGAAAGGAAGCACUGAAUCCUUCCUUCUUCUGAACUUCCCAAGUCCAUCCAUGAUUCAGAGAUACCGCCUUCUCCCUCUGGGAUUUUCUGUGUUUCUGGUAGUGAAUUGUUGUAUUUACUACUUUGUCUUUCAAGAGCUGAUCAUUUAAUAUUCUUUACCGAGGCGGGGGGGACUUUUGUUAGAUUUCAGAGAUGAUUUUGGAUCUUCUUGAAGCAUUUCCAGAGUUCUUGAGGACAGUAGCUUUCGUCCUGGAAUAAGUUUCUACCUUUGAUCUGCGUGGAUUGCUUUUUCGGGCUUCCGAGUUUCUCGGCACCUACCUGUAGUGCGGGCGGGCACUUGGUCUGACUGCAGAGCGGAGGUGGAAGAGAGCCGCUCUGGGUUAAGCAGCUCAGAUCUUUUCAAAGCAGGAUUUAUAAAAGCGUAAUUGAAUUUGUUUCACCCCCGUGGAUUCCAGUGGGCCCGACAGCGCAACAGGUUUGCAGAUUUCUUUUGAAAUUCUUUUUUUUGUUUUCUCCCUCCCUCUGUCUUAGCAAAAGUAAGGAAUCUGUAUAGCAGGUUCACGCUCAGUUGCUUGGCUUUUUGGCACUUCUGAAGACUUUGUAGGAUUUUUUAAACUUGGCCUCAGAAUGCAGCAGGCUUUGUGGGUGAAGUGCAUGUAUAGUUACUUAAGCGUGCGCAUUUUAAAAUCUGAUGUUUAUACAAGAAUCUGAAGUUUCAUAGGAGCCUAGAAAUACCCCGAUCUCCUCUACUCUGCUUUAUUUUCCCCUUUCCCCUCUCCCCCGCCCCCCAGGGUGCUUAACUUAGAGCCUGUGACUAGCCACCCCCCCUCCUAUCUUUUAUCCCCCACCCCCUCAAGGAAUUUGAAAACGUGUUAGGAAUAGUCCUUUGUUUUUCUUCUGAAUCCUGAAGAUUACAGAUUCUAAGGUCUGGAUAUUAGUCUCCACAGCAUGUUGAGGAAAGUCAGAGUGCUUGAUAUUCUCAAACUGGAGAAUAAAAUCUGGAAUCCCUAAGCAGGAAAGGAAAGUGGAAACAGAAAUAUGAAUUUUAACUGGGAACAUACCUGGAAAGUUAACCUCAACAAGUAUCUCAAUAUGGAAGUUGAGAGAGAUUUUGGUAUUCAGAUUUAUUCUGUCCUAUGUCAAAGAUAUAUGAAUUUGUGCCAAAUUUUACAGGCACUUUUGGCGGAACACAAAAAAAUAUAUUGAAGUUCUUAAAAAGUAUAUAAAUUCAGUAGGCCUAGAACUCUGGGCUAGGCUGAAAUCCAAUCUAGCAUGGACAUUUUAAUGAAUUCAUGCUGUAGCAGCCUUAGACAUCCCUCCAGGUGUGGCCUGAUUAAUUUCCACUCUUCUCCUAUUAAGAAGAAAACCCUCUCGUGGUCUUUCGUCAUUUAAAAUUGACACUUUUUCUGGCUUAAAAGGGGCCAUCUCUUCAUGUUCUGAGCCGGAGCUCUUCACUGGCACCUGUGAUGCCCUGCCUUGGCUGUCCCCUGGGUUUCUGUUCACCAACAUUGGGUUUAGUGCCUCAGAAAGCCGAUACAUAUGGAAGACCAUCAGCAAGUGAUCUGACAACCAAUUCAUGCUGGAUCUAAAGCACCUUUGGAAAGUUCAGCGGGCAGUGGUGGUGUUUCUGUAUCCGGAGACAAUGGGAGACAGUGAUAUACCGGCCCCAGAAGUGGGCUGAAGAAUACCCUCUUUUCCUCUCCCAGUCCGGAAUGCUACCUGUGCUUGGGACUACACUGUAGAAAAAGGAAGGACCAGGAUUCUGACUCGGCUUUCUGAAACUGAAGCGCAUCUUUCCCCCUCCAUUUCCCGGAUCUGAGAAGCUGCCUUUGGGAUUAGCUGGUGGCAGCAGUAUGCAUGGCCGAGGAGGAGCAUUGAUGCAGCUGGUAGCAUGAGUGGUGGCCAGCAGCUGCAGCUGGCUGCCCUCUGGCCCUGGCUGCUGAUGGCUACCCUGCAUGCAGGCUUUGGACGCCCAGGACUGGUGUUGGCGGCAGCAGUGGAGUCUGAAAGAUCAGCAGAACAGAGAGCUAUUAUCAGAGUGAUCCCCUUGAAAAUGGACCCCACAGGAAAACUGAAUCUCACUUUGGAAGGUGUGUUUGCUGGUGUUGCAGAAGUAACUCCAGCAGAGGGGAAAUUAAUGCAGUCCCACCCCCUGUACCUGUGCAACGCCAGUGACGACGACAACUUGGAGCCUGGGUUCAUCAGCAUCGUCAAGCUGGAGAGUCCUCGGCGGGCUCCGCGCCCCUGCCUGUCACUGGCCAGUAAGGCCCGAAUGGCUGGCGAGCGAGGAGCCAGUGCCGUGCUAUUCGACAUCACCGAGGAUCGAUCAGCUGCUGAGCAGCUGCAGCAGCCCCUGGGGCUGACCUGGCCAGUGGUGCUGAUCUGGGGUAAUGAUGCCGAGAAGCUGAUGGAGUUUGUGUACAAGAAUCGGAAGGCCCACGUGAGGAUUGAGCUGAAGGAGCCCCCGGCCUGGCCAGAUUAUGACGUGUGGAUCCUCCUGACUGUGGUGGGCACCAUCUUUGUUAUCAUCUUGGCUUCAGUGCUGCGCAUCCGAUGUCGGCCCCACCAUAGCAGACCGGACCCUCUUCGGCAACGGACAGCCUGGGCCAUCAGCCAGCUGGCCACCAGGCGGUACCAAGCCAGCUGUCGGCGGGCUCGAGCAGAGUGUCCAGACUCAGGGAGUACCUGCAGCUCGGCCCCUGUGUGUGCCAUCUGCCUGGAGGAGUUCUCAGAGGGGCAGGAGCUCCGGGUCAUCUCUUGCCACCAUGAGUUCCAUCGCGCCUGUGUGGACCCCUGGUUGCACCAGCAUCGGACUUGCCCCCUCUGCAUGUUCAACAUCGUAGAGGGAGAUUCAUUUUCCCAGGCCCUGGGGGCCUCUCCAUCUUACCAGGAACCAGGCAGGAGACUCCACCUCAUUCGCCAGCAUCCUGGCCACGCCCACUAUCAUCUCCCCUCUGCCUACCUGUUGGGCCCUCCCAGGAAUUCCGUGGCCCGGCCCCCAAGACCUAGACCCUUCCCACCCUCCCAGGAGCCGAGUAUGGGCUCUCGGCAUCAGCGUCUCCCCAGGGCUGCACAUCUCCGGACACCAGCAGAACAGCGGCACCUGGCAGUGUCUCAGCACCCCUAUGCGCGGGGCUGGGGGCUGAGCCGCCUCCGAUGCACCUCUCAGCACCCCGAGGCUUGCCCAGUGGCCGUACGCCGGGCCAGGCCUCCCGACAGCAGCGGGUCUGGAGAAAGCUACUGUACGGAACGCAGCGGCUACCUGGCAGAUGGGCCAGCCAGUGACUCCAGCUCGGGGCCCUGUCAUGGCUCCUCCAGUGACUCGGUGGUCAACUGCACAGACAUCAGCCUGCAGGGGAUCCACGGCAGCAGCUCGACCUUCCGCAGCUCCCUGAGCAGUGACUUUGACCCCUUGGUGUACUGCAGCCCUGAAGGGGAUCUCAGCGGGAAAGGAAUGCGGCAGCCUAGUGUGACCUCUCGACCCCGGUCCCUGGACUCAGUGGUGCCCACAGGGGAGACUCGGGUUUCCAGCCACGUCCACUAUCAUCACCACCGCCACCACCACUAUAAAAAGCGGUUCCAGUGGCAUGGCAGGAAGCCUGGCCCAGAAACUGGGGUCCCUCGGUCCAGGCCUACUGCUUCUCAGACUCAGCUCCAGCUGGAGCCAUCCUUCUCGGACCAGAAGUUCACCACACCCAACCCAGCAGCUCCUUCAAUGCCCCCCAACACACAACGGCCCAGGUCCCUGACAGAGCUAGCUCCUGGCCUAGCAGAAGCUGCCAGCCCCAGCCCCAACUCCAACCCCAACAGUCUUUCGAACUUGCAGAAAUCCAGCCUCCCUGUCCGACACCCACAAAGAAAACGGCGGGGCGGCCCCUCAGAACCCUUGCCAACCUCUCGGCCCCAGGACUUGAGUGUGCACCCAGCUUGCCAGAUUUCCCCCCACUACAGCCCCAGCCUGGCAUCCCCUUGGCCUCCAGAGGCUCACCCAUUGAUCUUCAGGCCUCCAGGCCAGGCCAGGAGACUGCUACACGAAGCCCCAGGCCCCUGUUACUCGAGUUCACAGCCGGUGUGGUUGUAUCUGCCCCCCCGCCAGCCUCUGGGACCAUGCUCUCCUGGAGAGGGGCAUUCCGAGUGGAGUUCUGACAUGCCGGAGGGCAGACCCUGCCCUUAUCCAUACUGCCAGGUGCUGCCAGCCCAGCCUGGCUCGGAGGAGGAGCUUGAGGAACUGUGUGAACAGGCUGUGUGAUGUGAGACAUGCUCCAACCAACAGUAUGCUCCAGAUGACUCAGGGUUCCACCCGGCACAGGGUUCCGCUCCUGGGAGAAGCAAGGGCAUUAGCAAGCAUCUCUUUUUGCCACACUUCCCAGGACCACUGGAAGAAGAGUGGUGAUGGUGGGUGGCGGGGAGGUGCUGUUUCCUGCCCCCAGUUCUCAGUCUUGGCUGCGGAACACACCUACUGUGCAGAAAGUCUUGUGUCCAGCCAGACCUCCAGCCACUAUGCAGUUGUGAGGUGGGUCCCUAAAGGCUGAGUUCUUCAAAGGAAGUAAGGGUGAAUGUCUAGGUGUCCUCAAGGUGCUGCUCUUUCCCCAAGCCUAGAUGGGUCCCCCGCUGGGUCUCCUUUGCCCCGGGCAUCAGCUGCACACACACACCAGUGAGUUCACCUGAGUGCAUGGCCACUUCUUGUCUCCUUUCAAGGCUUCACAGGGGCAACUUUAGCUCUGUGUUUUCCUUCUUCACAAAAGAACAAGGAGGUUAGGUGAGCCCCCGUCCCCGGGGAGGUCUCUGCGCCCUCUCUAGCUGGUGCCUGCCUCGGUGGUGCUCAGGGAGGAAAGGUUCUUCCUCCCUGCUCUUAAACUGAUCUUCAGUUGCAGGCUUCAGGAGCCAGGGUGUAGACUUCGGUCCCAGAGGCGAGGACAAACCUGGGAUGAAUCUUUUGAUUAUCAAACUCCUUGUCACUCCAGCGACUCCAGUUCCCCUGAGGUAGAGACCAGGAACAGAGAGUAACUCCUCCUCGAGGCUCGCCUGUCUCUAAAUCCCAAAGCAGACAGAAAGGAAGCCCCAGCAAACAUCUGGGCAGAGGGAGGAUGAGAUGAAGGCAGAGAGAACAAGAUUACAGCUGAGCAAGGACAGACUUCUUCUCAGAGAGGUUCUCAGAGCCAAGCUGGGGAAGAAUAACAUGUGACCUCAUGGGUUUGCAGGGUCCAGAGGCCCACCUUCCCAGUCUAAGCCAUACAAACCCACAGCCCAACAGAAGGUGUGCACAUGGAAUUGGAGCCAAAAGUUGGCCUGGGCAGCUUGUACCAAGUGGGCAAGGGCUGAGGGGCCUCCUGUAGCUCUCCAUCCCAGGGCAUCCCGACCAUGGUUAGCCCCUCAGGCAUUAUCCUUGCCUGGAAUGUGAAUGUGGGGGCAAAAUGGACACCGGAUCCUACUAGGGAACCUUUUCUCCUCAAAGUCAGUGAGGAGACUGGCACCCAGGCACCCACAUGGGUAUUUAUAUCUGAACCAGACAGAAAGAUGCUUGAAUCAGGCACUAUGUUGAGAAAUGUAUUUAUUUGCUAAUAUAUUUAUCCAUAAAUAUGA